AAAAGCCCCCGUUGGCACAAGGACGCCUCAUCGCCGCAGAGGAGCUCAAGUGUCCAGAGAAGUAGACUGAACCUCGACUUGCCCUUCGGAGCCACAUUCUUAGGUGUUCUUAGUGUCCUGUCAUCAUGGCCAGAAACCUGCUAAAGAAUCCCAAUGGAGAAGAGCAGCUGGAAUUUUGGGAGCUGAUGGAGAACGGUGGACGCCAGUGGAGGGUGGAGGACAUGCCGGGGGACUGUGGCCAUGACUUUAGCAACACGGCUGUGAUGAAAUACUUUGCAACCUCCUUUGAGCUGUGCCUGAAGAGACAAGUGAUUGAUCUACCAGAGGAAGGUUUCACAUGCGAAGAACUGGAUGCCCAACCUGUUGUAGAGGUGGAAGACUGGUACUGUGGGAGGCAAGACUGUGGCUGCACCUACCAAAUGAACGUGUGUCUGCUCGAUGAGAACCACGAGGUCUUAGAGGAGUUCAAACCUGAACCCGUUACUUUGGAUCCAGAGUGUGACGACUGUUCAUGGAAACAGGUCUCGCACACAUUUUCAGGAUACGGUCCCGGCCUGCGCUUCAUCUCCUUUGAACACGGAGGGAGAGACACGAACUACUGGGAUGGCUGGUUUGGAGUGAGGGUGACUGGGAGUUCUAUUACGGUUCAGGUCUAGAAAAGAAUACAGAAAAAAUACAAGUAUUGGUAUGACGGUUUCAAUAGGACCACUUUGCCUUCUGCACCGAGCCUCCACCAGGAAGUGGGCUAUUUUUCUUCCCUUUAUCGAUAAACUUACUAUACCAAAUAUUGUAGUAGUUGCUUGUAGUAUCACCUCAUUUAUCUAUGACAGAACCAGGAUACCACAUUGCAUCUCGGAUAUCUAUAUUGGUUUAUUUAACAAUAAAAAACAUGAAUACACACUGA